AGCAAUAAGGAGAUGUUGUUCCACAGUCUUCUGCCUCCAGGCAUGUGGACGGCCUGUAGCUUCUAAGCCUGGGUGGAAAGGGGCAGUGAGAUGCCUGUCUGUGCCUUCCUCUGUCCGUUGUACUCACGCCUAUGCGUGUGUACACGGUGCACGCGGCAUUUUACUUUACAGAAGGGAAGUGCACACAGGACUGUGCCCGAGGCCUCGUCCCUUAGCGCGUGGGCUGGUGCUUGUCCGCGCUGGUGUGUCGGCGGGUGGAGAGCCACUGUGGACGGUCUGUGUGCGUCUGCCUGGCGUGGCCGGUGCGGUGAAGGUGUGGUCGAUGAUCGGAGUGAAGCCUUUCGAGCUGGGCAGGGAGAGCUCGCGACGCGACUGAAGAGGGUGCACAGAGGGAGCGCCCGUGCUAUGGUCGCCCCGCUUCUCCUCGCCCUGACCGAGGCCUCGCCCUGACGUCAGAGCAAGCAGAUUUCAGGACAGAAACAGUCUCCGCCAGUCAAGAAACCCUCAAAAGUAUUUUGCCAUGGAUUUAGAAGACGAAGAAAACAUGAGUUCAGGCAGCACAGAUGUUAAGGAAAACUGCAAUCUGGACAACGUGCCCCCCAAGGACGGCAGCACACCGGGGCCCGGCGAGGGCGCCCCGCUCUCCAAUGGGGGCGGCGGUGCCAGCAGGAAGCGGCCCCUGGAGGAGGGCAGCAACGGCCACGCCAAGUUCCGCCUGAAGAAGAGACGGAGGACGCCGGGGCCCGCCCUGCCCAAGAACGCGCUGAUGCAGCUGAACGAGAUCAAGCCUGGCCUGCAGUACAUGCUGCUGUCCCAGACGGGGCCCGUGCACGCGCCGCUGUUCGUCAUGUCCGUGGAGGUGAAUGGGCAGGUGUUUGAGGGCUCGGGCCCCACGAAGAAGAAGGCCAAGCUGCACGCCGCUGAGAAGGCCCUGCGGUCCUUUGUGCAGUUCCCCAACGCCUCCGAGGCCCACCUGGCCAUGGGGAGGACCCUGUCCGCCAACACGGACUUCACGUCCGACCAGGCCGACUUCCCCGACACGCUCUUCAACGGCUUCGAGACCCCGGACAGGUCGGACGUGCCCUUCUACCUGGGUUCCAACGGUGAUGACUCCUUCAGCUCCAGCGGGGACCUCAGCCUGUCGGCGUCCCCAGUGCCCGCGAGCCUGGUGCAGCCUCCCCUCCCGGUCCCACCGCCCUUCCCACCCCCGAGCGGGAAGAACCCCGUGAUGAUCUUGAACGAGCUGCGCCCAGGACUGAAGUACGACUUCCUCUCAGAGAGCGGGGAGAGCCACGCCAAGAACUUUGUCAUGUCCGUGGUCGUGGACGGGCAGUUCUUUGAAGGCUCGGGGAGGAACAAAAAGCUGGCCAAGGCCCGGGCCGCGCAGUCUGCCCUGGCAACCAUUUUCAAUUUGCACUUGGACCAGACGCCGUCUCGCCAGCCCAUCCCCAGCGAAGGCCUCCAGUUGCACUUACCACAGGUGUUAGCGGAUGCUGUGGCCCGCCUGGUUCUGGAUAAGUUUGGUGACCUGACGGACAACUUCUCCUCCCCUCACGCGCGCAGGAAAGUUCUUGCCGGAGUCGUCAUGACAACAGGCACGGAUGUUAAAGAUGCCAAAGUGAUAAGUAUUUCAACAGGAACAAAAUGUAUUAAUGGCGAAUACAUGAGUGAUCGUGGCCUUGCAUUGAACGACUGCCAUGCAGAAAUAAUAUCUCGAAGAUCCUUGCUUAGAUUUCUUUAUACACAACUUGAGCUUUACUUAAAUAACAAAGAUGAUCAAAAGAGGUCCAUCUUUCAGAAAUCCGAGCGAGGGGGGUUUAGGCUGAAGGAGAAUGUGCAGUUCCAUCUCUACAUCAGCACGUCUCCCUGUGGAGACGCCAGGAUUUUCUCGCCGCACGAGCCGAUCCUGGAAGAACCAGCAGACAGACACCCGAACCGUAAAGCCAGAGGGCAGCUGCGGACAAAAAUAGAGUCUGGCGAGGGGACGAUCCCAGUCCGGUCGAACGCGAGCAUCCAGACGUGGGACGGGGUCCUGCAGGGGGAGAGGCUGCUCACCAUGUCCUGCAGCGACAAGAUGGCGCGGUGGAAUGUGGUGGGCAUCCAGGGAUCCCUGCUCAGCAUCUUCGUGGAGCCAAUUUACUUCUCGAGCAUCAUUCUGGGCAGCCUCUACCACGGGGACCAUCUCUCCAGGGCCAUGUACCAGCGCAUCUCGAACAUCGAGGACCUGCCCCCUCUCUACACCCUCAACAAGCCCCUGCUCAGCGGCAUCAGCAACGCAGAAGCGCGGCAGCCGGGGAAGGCACCCAACUUCAGCGUCAACUGGACGGUGGGCGACGCGGCCAUCGAGGUCAUCAAUGCCACAACCGGGAAGGAUGAGCUGGGCCGCGCCUCCCGCCUGUGUAAGCACGCGUUGUACUGUCGCUGGAUGCGUGUGCACGGCAAGGUUCCCUCCAACUUAUUACGCUCCAAGAUCACUAAACCCAACAUGUACCACGAGUCCAAACUGGCAGCGAAGGAGUACCAGGCCGCCAAGGCCUGUCUGUUCAAAGCCUUCAUCAAAGCCGGCCUGGGCGCCUGGGUGGAGAAGCCCACCGAGCAGGACCAGUUCUCUCUCACACCCUGACCGGGCCUGGCGCAGGGCUGCCGGGCGUCCAGCUCUGUCCCGGAACCUCACAUCUGACCUUGGGGACAGGCCCGGGGCAGGGCUGCCGGGCGUCCAGCACUGUCCCCGGAACCUCACAUCUGACCCUGGGGACAGGCCCGGGGCAGGGCUGCCGGGCGCCCAGCACUGUCCCUGGAACCUCACAUCUGACCUGGGGGCAGGCGGGGGGAUGUGGGGUGCCAGACGUCCAACACUGACCGCCAGAACCUCACAUCUGACCUGGGGGCAGGCACGCGCUCCGAGGAGGGUGUGGAGAGGUGUUGGGGUCUCUCCGUGGCAGCAUUUCCCCUUUCGAAUUAUCCAGUGACUGCUUCAAUCUCAGUUUACGUUUAGAAAUUGAGUUCUACUGAGUAGGACUUCCUUAAGUUUAGGAAAAUAGAAAUUCCUUUGUGUGAAAUUCUUGAAUAAUUUAUUCAGAGCUAGGAACCUGGUUUGUAAAAUAAGGAGAAAUUACGUCAGGUCACUCUUACGCCACAUUAUUUUAACUGCAAAGAAGCAUUUCUAGGUGGAGGAGGCGAGGACGUGGAGGGGGAAGCAGUAACCUGGAGAGACUGUCGAGCGUGUGUGCACGCAGGUCCCUUCUCCCUGCUGGCCCUUCCGUGACCCAGCUCCCAGCGCGGGGGUCAGGGCCCGCCGAGGGAGGAGGCACCCGCAGGAUGGGGCCCAACCCUCCACGCACACGAGUCCACGUCGCGGCAGCCUGGCGGGCUGUCCCGUGGAGUCGCAGCCCAGCUCCCUGGGCUUCAGCCUCCUCUAGAUGCUUCCGUGCCCCUCGUAGGAUCAUGUCAUGGGAAACUUUUCUUGGUUUACUUCUAAAUGAUCAAAGGUAAAACAUGGCCAGCAGUCCUGGCCAGUCAUUUGGGUUUUUAAGCAGUAUUUUGCUCUUAGAGACUAGAAGGCAUCAUGGGGGCCCCUGCACAUAGCCCUGAGCGCCCGCCUCCUCCCUCUGAGCCCCGCGGGCAGGAGCGGCCGUCCGCGGAUCUUCACAGGAUGGAGGUAGAGUUCGCUAAGUAGAUGUUCAUUCUUGGAAAAUAACACUUAAGGUAUAUUUUUAAAUUAUUCUUUCCAGCUUUAUCAAAGACGUGUUUGAAAAAUAAGACGUAUGCAGGCUGACAGCUGCGGGGGGGGCAGCGUGCCGCGGGCGUGGUCUCCACCAGGGUCCAGAUGGUGAUUGUCACGGCAGGGAACGGGGUGCUGCUGGCGUCUGGGGGACCCCAGGACGCUGCUUCACGCCCGACAGCACACAAGAAGGCCCCGGGCAGGCUGAGCCAGCCAGCAGGCCAGCCGCGGUCGAGGGCCCUGGGUGGCCCGCCUCGGCCCGGGCUCCGAGGUCUGCACCACUUGCCUUGUGCUUCCACUCAGGAUCGGGGGAACCAGACAGAGCACUUCCUGCCCUUUGCCCAUUCAGUGCCAAGUCGUGGCUCCGGAGGGGGUCUCGUGGGUGCUGCAGGCAGAGACGAGGACAGACCCCGCCCCACAGCAAAGUCCAGGAUGUCGACACCUGUGAGGCAUUGAGCUGUGUCCUGUGUCCUUUACGGGCUCAGAAAAUGUGGAACAGGAGCAGAGUGGCCCGCUGUCAUUCUGGCCCAGACCUCGUGUGCUCAGAGCAGGAUGUUUAGACCCAGAGCGCCAUGCCUCUUGAUGCCUCCACCUGUCUGCACCCAGCGGCGAGGGUGGCGCGUUGCCGGGGACUGACCAGGUUCAGAGGACGAGGGGCGCCCACACCAGCCUUCUCCCCUUCUGCAGGGUAGCUGCUUGUCCCGAACCAGUCGGAGCGCGGGCCUCAGCCCCGUUGCCACAGCAGGGUCUGGCUUGGUUAGGAUGUGCUGGAGUUUCCUUUGCACAAAAUGAAGGGGGUCUGGUGGGUUGCUGCCCCUGCCCAGAGCAGGCUCUUGCACACUCAGAAAAACAUCUUGUGAGUCCCUGCGUUUUUAUUCUUGUCUCUCUAAAUGGUAUUUUUUCUAAUGGGGAUUGGGAAAUGGACUUAGUUUUUAAAAAAAAAUGUGGGUUUUGAUUACAAAGUGGAGUGGAAAUAUAUUCCGUAUACAUACAGACGAUCGGUAUGUCUAGAGUGUCCCUCCUGUCAGAUCAUAGCUGGAAUCAGCCUGAGGCCCCCGUCCCCACCCCAGGGAAACGAAUGCCUUACUGUAAGUGUGCGGGUCCCAGCGGACCCCCAAGCUGUGCGCUGCUGCCGUUCCCAGGUGGGGUUUCUGGACUGUCCAGGACAGGCCGAUGCAGGGCUGGCACCCGAGAAAGCCCAGGCUGAGCCUGUGGGCCUGGGGAGGAAGGUGGCAGAGGGGGAGCCCCAGGCCGGAGGGAGCAGAGCCUCCGUCUGUGAGUCAGGCCACGGGCGGGGCAGGAGGCCGCACAGCCCCCACCCCUGGGACAGGACUGCUGGAGCGACUAGUCUGCAGAGCAGAAAAGAGAAGGAAAUGUUGGCUCCUCCGUGAGACAAACCAGGAAGCUUAACACUUUAAACUCCCCCCAAGUGCGUGUUGUGAGAUAUCCAGCGGCUGUAUCCUUGAGGUCUUAUUUGGCAUCCAGUGUCCUUAAUCUGGUUUUUAGAGACUUAUCAGAAAAUUCAACACAAUGAAGAACUUGAUUUUUUAAGAAAAAUCUUAAAUUUUGAGGACGUUUUGACUAGUGUGGGUCGGGAGGGUUUCUAUUCUGUUUUGUUAGCCAAACCUGAAAUGUUAAUUCCGCAAAGCUUCUGGCCCUUCUGCGGUUCUCAGGCCCAUGGGCAGCUGUCCCAACCGCGGGAAGGCGCGAGCGCUGUGGGGCCGAGUGGGGGACGUUGUCGCAUCAGCCCUGACGCCUGCGCAGGGUCGGGAGCUUUCCCCUCUUGUAGGCACGGAUGCCAAAGAACUGCGAUUUUGAUUCUGGGUCUUAACUGAACUUUUCCUGCUGGAGAGUUUCUUUGUAAUCGAAACUGAUUUUAUGUUAAAAUGUACAAGCCAACAUCUCAGAAGGCGUUGAUGUCUCUGGAAUUUAUUUUCAUUCAGAUAAUCUUGUUGAUCUCCAGACGGUUGCAUCACUGCUUUCGCUGUGAAGACAGCGUCCUCGUGCCCUCAGGGAGUGGACGAGGGGUGGCGGGCGCCGUCCUCCCCUCCAGGUGCAGGUCCGAGAACAGAAUCCGAGUUGCCUUGGAGAGGGCUGUGUCCCCGUCCGGCCACUUUUCUCAGAAAAAGAAAAAAAAUACAACACGGAUAGAUCGUUUUCAUUUCUAAAAUAUCUUACACCAAAAUAUAAGUCUGCCUCGACUGUAAAUUUGAUCCCGUGUGAGAAGUGAAAUUAGCUAGGUUUCCCACCUCUAAAUUCUAUUAAAUUAGGGAAUCUCAAAACGUUUCUUUUCAUCGAUCCCAAACUAUAUAAAUGAAAAGCGCAGUCUUUGUGAUCAUGUGUGUCCAGUUUUGUGUGUCCUUGUCCCCUGGCGCGUCCUUUGACUGCCUCUCCCCAUCCAGCGGCCAGCCCACGGGCUCUGUGUCCACACCGGGGAGGGCGGGCGGGGCGGGCCUGCUCUGUGCUGACGGCAGCGAGCCUGCACUUGUGUCCCUUGUUGGGAGGACGAGCCCCCAGCCUGGGAGCACUUAGUUUGGCCACAGCAAGGGCUGAGCCGAGGGCUGUCCUUCUGGACACGAGGGUCAGUCUGUGGGAUGUUCGCAGAAGGAGCCCCAAAUGCUGUUUGCUUCUCCAGACUUUGAGUUAUCGUGCUUUUGAGUUUGUUCAGAAUUUGGACACUUUGUAUGAAUGUAAUUCCGCCGAGAGACCUGUCCCCAGACACAGUCCUCAGUGUCCUCUGUAUGUAUAUUGAUGUAUAUACCACACAGUGCAACCUGCAUGAGCUUCCUUGCACCGAGACCAGCCAGAACCGAGCAUGAGACGCCGUCGCAUAGACAAAGGAUUUGAGAUGUUCUCAAUAAAAACAAAGUGUUUCACUA